AUGGUGAUCCAAGGCUCCACAACUUUCUACGUGUUGAUCAGAGGGUCGUUGCUAUCGACUUUGAGCAUUCCGAGCCUCUUACCAAUGAAAUAA